AUGGUGAGGUGCUACCUGCUUUGUUUACUAACGUUUACACUGUGUUGUACUUGCGGUGUGGUGUUGGCUAAUGAUCCUGCAGUUAGUUUAGCUCCUGAGGGUGGUGUUCAUCCAACUGGGAGUGGUGAACGUCAAGAAACUGAAGAAGCUGCACUUGUUGAUAGUGGUAGAGGAAAGGGGCACGAAUUGGUACAGUCUGCAGGUGAUGUUCACCAUGAAGAGAAAGAAAAAGGAGAUGAGGAGGAAGAAGUUCCUGCUGCUUAUCCUCUUCCUGGUGUUCCUCCUGGUGAUCAACCACCACUACCAGCAGCACCACAUCCACAGCCUGCGGCCUCAGCUGAACUGACCAAUGGAUCUCUCAGUGCCUCAGCGAAGGUUACUAUUCCUGCUGUCAGGCAGAAUGAUCAGAGUAGAACUGAUAUUGAAGUGAGGGACUUGGCAAGCACGGGUGCAACUGGUCCUUUAAAGGCUGGAAUAACACAGGAGGAAAUAAAGAAACUGGAAAGGACUCCAGCACUGCAAUCUAUCAGUACUCCCGAAGAGAACUCUGAAGUUUUACAGACCUCCCAUCCGCAGACAGAGGAAACAUUGCCUAAAGCCACACAGGAGAACCAUGAGAAGAAUGCAGACAAUCAGAGUGUAUCAAGUGGAAGUACAACUACAAAUGAUGGUGCACCAACAGAAUCUUCUUCAUCAACAACUACUGAAGCAAAUGCUACACCUUCACCACAGGAAACUGUGGGGAAUAAUGAAUCUGAUAAUAUAACCGCUGCGAGUGGCACUGCAUCUGAAGGGAGUGGGUCAACAAAUAACCCAACUAAUGCAGAUACAACCACCACCACCACAACAACCACAACACUUCCUCCUCAACUCACAAACAACAAGAAGGGUGAUGCAGACAGCAGCAGCAGUAUCAGCAGUUCUGUGUGGGUGCGUGUACCACUACUGAUUGUGGCUACACUGGCCUGUAUUCUUGUGUGCUGA